AUGUCGGAAAUCAAGUCCAUGGAACAUGCCACCUUGAAGGUUCCCUACGAAGUGAUUAACAAAAAAUUUCGUGUUGCUCAAAAAUCGGUCGACAGGGAGGUUGAUCAAAUUCAGAACUACUCCAAGGAAGUUGAAAAGGCUUUAAUGCAUCGUCCCGUAAUCUCCGACGUCAGCAAACUGGUGGGCAAUGUCGUACAACGUCUUCAGGUACUCAAACGCAAAUCGGACGAGGCCAUUGGCGAUGAGCUGAAUGCCAGUUUCAUUUGCAAACGAAAAUUGGAACAUUUAAAAGAAAUUGUUCAACGCGACAGCAAUACCAGUGAAGAGGUGUGGCAGGCAUCUAUUGACCAAUGGAAACGCGUACGUAUGGAUCGUAUGGUUAUUGAGCACUUGCUGCGUAUGGGCUACUAUGAGACGGCCGAACGUCUGGCAAAUUAUUCCGACAUUCGCCAUUUGACAAAUUUAGAUAUUUUCCAUACCUCAAGGGAGGUCGAAGAAGAUUUGGCUGCUCACAAGACAACAAAAUGUAUUCUCUGGUGCUUGGACAACAAAUCGAAAUUGAGGAAAAUUAAUUCGAACAUUGAAUUUGAUUUACGUGUACAAGAAUUUGUUGAACUGAUACGUAAAAAUCAGCGCACCGAAGCUGUAGUUCAUGCCCGUAAAUAUUUUCCAGCAUUUGAAAAGACUCAGAUCAAGGAGAUUUGUGAAUGUAUGGCCUUGUUGGCCUAUCAACCAGAUACCACAAUUGAACCCUAUCGCAGUCUGUUCGACAUCAAUCGUUGGAACAAUCUCGUUCUCAAAUUUCGUAAUGAAAACUAUAGACUAUUUCAGCUAUCCUCACAAUCCUUGCUCAGUAUUGCCGUACAGGCUGGCCUGUCAUCGUUGAAAACUCCCCACUGCUACUCGUUCAAUUGCAAGAAUCUAAAUUGUCCCGUUUGUCAAGAAGAUUUUAAUCGCAUUGCCAAGACCUUGCCCUAUUCGCAUUGUGUACAGAGUCGUUUAAUUUGUCGCAUCACUGGUCUGCCAUUGAAUGAACACAAUUUGCCGAUGAUGUUGCCGAAUGGCCAAAUCUUUGGCCAGUUAGCUAUACCCGAAAUAACCAAAGAGAAUGGAACCGUUUUGUGUCCGAUAACGAAUACGAAAUUUACUAAUCCUAAAAUUGAAAAAGUUUUCGUCAUGUAA